AUGACAUCCAAAUCCUCCCCCAUCGUCAUCGUCGGUGCUGGCGUCUUCGGUCUGAGCCUCGCGCACGAGCUUGUGGCCAACCGGGGCUACACCUCCGUCACGGUCCUGGACCGCUUCCUCCCGCCCGUCCCGGACGGCAGCUCCGUCGACGUCUCGCGCAUCAUCCGCACAGAGUACGCCGACCCGCUCUACUCGUCGCUGGCGACGGACGCCCUCGAGGGGUGGCGGACUUCCAAGGUGUACAAGCCGCACUACCACGAGUCCGGCUUCGUGAUGAUGGCGAACGAGAAGGAGCGCCCGAGCCCGUAUUUCGCAAAGUAUCGCCAGUGGAGAGGCGAGGCGAAGGCGGGAGAGACUCCGAUGGAGUUCUUUGAGCCGCCCCACGCGGACGCCGAGGUGAAGAGGCUGUACGCGGGCGUGCAGGCGGAUCUGCGGGAGUUUGCGGCCACGCACAACACCGCGGGCGGGUGGGCCGAUGCGGCGGGCGCGAUCCGCGCGCUGGCGGGCAAGUGUACGCUCGCGGGCGUUUCGUUUGUGACGGGCGCCCACGGGACCGUCGUGUCCCUGCAGCGGUCCGGGGGCCGGGUGGCUGGCGUGCGGACGGCGGCGGGGACGACGGUGGAGGCGGAGAGGGUAGUGCUCGCGACGGGCGCGUGGACGAACCGGAUCGUUCCCGGCGUGGGCCACGCGGUCGCGGCGUCGGGCCAGCCGGUCGGGUUCAUCCGGUUGUCGGACGAGGAGGCGGCGAGGGUGAGGGACAUGCCUGUCAUGGUUAACAUGAGCACGGGCGUGUUCUGCUUCCCACCGACGCCGGGGACGAACCUGCUCAAGGUGGCGAGGCACGGGUUCGGCUACGCGACCGAGUUCGAGGCCGAGGUCGCGGACCGGGACGACAAGGCGAGGAAGGUGUCGAGCCCGCGGUUGGCGGGGAGCAACGCCGCGUCCGGCUUCCUCCCGCGGGACGCGGACGAGGGGCUGCGGGAGGGCGUGAGGCUGUUCUUCCCCGAGUUCGCCGAGAGGGAGUGGGUGUACAGGCGGAUGUGCUGGUAUACCGACACGCCCGAGGGGGAUUUUGUCGUCGACUACCACCCCGAUGUUGAGGGGCUGUUUUUCGCGACCGGCGGUGCUGGACACGCCUUCAAGUUCCUGCCCGUUAUCGGCACGCACGUCGCGGACUGCUUCGAGCGCAAGGCGUCCACGGCGUUACGGGAGAAGUGGAGGCUGAGAAGGGCCGUUGGCGGCGAGACUACGUUGAAGAUGGCGGGGGACGGGAGCCGGGCUGGGCCGGCGCUGCGGAAGCUUUCGCCGCAGGAGCAGGCGAAGCUGUGA